CAAUUCCCGGUAAAUCUGUCGGAUUUUUGGCCACUAAAACGUCUUCGUAUCGCCAAAUAAAAUGCGCACCGAAAUGUCUUCUGCGCCCCGCCAAAUGGCCAAAAACCCUUGUAGUAGGUUUAAGGAUCUGCUCGUAAAAGCCGGCAGCUUCGUCGGACUCGCCAGCACAGCCGCGGCGGCGGUAUCUUUUUCAACCUCCGCCGCUCCGUCAGCAGCAGCAGCAGCAGCCGCCGCUUCUAUGGAUUCUCCUCUUAGAACCAAGGUCUGCAUCAUCGGUAGUGGGCCAGCCGGCCACACCGCCGCUAUCUACGCUGCUCGGGCGGAGCUCAAGCCGAUCCUCUUUGAAGGGUGGAUGGCUAACGGCAUUGCCCCUGGCGGCCAGCUUACCACCACCACGGAAGUCGAGAACUUUCCUGGAUUUCCGGAGGGCAUCCAUGGCAUAGAGUUAAUGGAUAAGUGCCGCAAACAAUCGCUCCGCUUCGGAACCCAAAUCUUUACUGAAACCGUCAACAAGGUUGACUUCUCGUCAUCUCCCUUUAAAGUUUUCACUGAUUCCAGGUCCGUCCUUGCCGAUUCUGUUAUAGUUGCUACUGGUGCCAUCGCCAAGCGCCUCAAUUUUCCUGGGUCUGGCAGCCCCCCUGAGGGCUUCUGGAACAAGGGGAUCUCCGCGUGCGCGGUGUGUGAUGGGGCUGCCCCGCUUUUCCGUAACAAGCCGCUGGCUGUCAUUGGGGGUGGAGACUCCGCCAUGGAGGAAUCCACUUUCCUCACUAAGUUCGCCUCGAAAGUAUAUAUCAUCCACCGUAGAGAUGCCUUCAGGGCUUCCAAGAUUAUGCAGGCCAGGGCUCUUGCCAACCCUAAGAUAGAGGUUAUAUGGAAUACGGUGGUGGAGGAAGCCUACGGGGGAGGCGACAGAGGGACCCUCGAAGGGCUGAAGAUUAAGAACGUGGUGACAAACGAGGUUUCUGAUUUGAAAGUUUCGGGCUUGUUCUUUGCCAUUGGCCAUGAACCAGCCACCAAGUUCUUGGAUGGCAAGCUGCAGCUUGAUUCCGGUGGGUACAUUGUCACCAAACCAGAUUCUACUCAUACCAGUGUGCGUGGUGUAUUUGCGGCUGGUGAUGUGCAGGAUAAGAAGUACAGGCAGGCUAUUACUGCUGCUGGGGCUGGGUGCAAGGCAGCAUUAGAUGCUGAACACUACUUGCAGGAGAUUGGAGACCAGCAAGAUAAGCGUGACUGAUUAUUUCAGAGUUGGCAGUGAUUCAAGCUGCUUACCUGGGAUUUUUGAAUGAUUUUCUCAGUAAGAAACUAUUAUGAUCGACACAAGGAGCGUGGUGUUUAUAAUGUUCAAAAUUUGUUUUCACCAUAUAUUUUAGCAACAUGUUCAUUUUUGCGGAUAACAACAAGAGCAAUUGCCAGAUGGAAUGGCAAUCUAUUGUUAAUCUGUGUUAAGUGUUUGACUUCAUAUUUACAGUACGUUCGGUUUGAGGUUCCCUCCCCUUUCCUCCCCUAAUUUGAAUAAACAAAUGAAUUAAAA